AGCAAAAAGAAGUAAUAAUGAGAGACCGCACUUAUCAUACGACCAAAGACCGCGAACGACCGAAGUUUCAGAUGAUGCACACCAAAAAAAAUUGAAUGUAUUAUUAACUUUACUGCAAAUGAAGUUAUUGGCUAACGGAGAUGGAUAGCUAUAUUUUGUUUAAAUUUAGAGACUACAAUGCUUACGGAAUCGUAUGUAAGUCAUAUGUUGGGAGAUAUAUCCAUGAAAUGAAGCCAUAUUUUAUUAUUUUUCUUUGAUUCAUUGUUGGGAAGUCGCAUUUUUUCCGAGUGAGCUGCAGCAGAAGAAUCGGAUUGGGUUUCUCCUUAAUCUGCGGCUGCUGCGUUUAGUGCACUUGCGACGACGUACGCACAAUCAAGUAACCCAGCCCAAAGGGAAUGGCAUCAAUGCUGCAACAAGUGCUGUAUACUGUGUUGGGCCUCGUCCUGAUGACGAUCCACUUGGAGGUUAGCAGCCUGGCCAUCACCAAUGGGCAUUGCCAGAAGAACAUCAGUGUGAAGUACCAGGUGCCCGUGGCCAAGAGCCGCCUGGCAGGUCCUUCAAAUGCCAGCCACCCAGUCGACAUGGACAGCUAUGUGGUGUACGAGGAGCGGGUGCGUUGGGACAACAUCCAGGUGUGCUGCCCGGGAUAUCGGACCAUUCUGUUUGGCUUCUGUGAGCCAGUCUGCCAGGAGGCGUGUCCCGCCCACAGCUACUGUGCGGAACCGGAUCGCUGUCAUUGCCAGCGGGGCUACGAGCCAUCGCACCUGCACACCACUGGCCACCAGCUCGUCUGUCGUCCCGUCUGCCAGGGUGGUUGUCCCGAGCACAGCCACUGCGUGGCCCACAACGAGUGCGAGUGCUGGCCGGGAUUCAAGGACGCGAGCAGCUGGUUCAGCCUGAGCCUGCGCUGCGAACGGGUGCAGUGCGGCCAUGAGCAGCGAUUCGAUCCGGGACGUCGUGCCUGCGUCCAGAUCGAGAUGAGCAUGGAGGAGCUGAUGCAGCGUGUCGCCGAGCGACUCGCCAAGGGACUUGGGGCGGAGGAGGAUUCGACCAACGAACCGGAAUCAUAGGAGCAAUAUUAAGAUGAGUAAUUGCAUCAUUGCUGACCAACCCUUCACAUGGUUGAACUGUUCAAUAAAGUGAAUUAAUUUUUUUAUUACCAAAAGCUAAGGUUACUGAAACAGCCGAAACGGCAGUUAAAAGUCUAGUUUCAAAUUUAUUGUUGCUCUUCAGACAAUAAACAAUUUUCGUUUGUUCAGUUGGUACAACCAAAUAUAUAAAAAAUAAAAUAAUAAAACU